AUGUUCGACACGUGGAUGGUGCAACAACUAGAUAUGGAGCGAGUGACUGCCUUCGCUAAGAAAACCUUCCUCGGUCUUCCCGACUACGAAGAGCGGCUCCAGAAAACAACUCGCUUAGCUGAUAUGUUGCGACGUUACACUUCUGGUAUCUCUACCACUAAGAUAUAUUUAUUCAAGAGUGCAGAAGUGAGCGAAGCAGAAGCGUUCCGAAGAGUCGUACGGCCUGAUCUCAGUCAGAGCACGAUAAGAGCGAUAACAGCUAAUGGACUCGGUUCCUCGUCUACACAGCCCAUAGACGUGUUUCUGGUACGUUGA